AGCUCUGCAAUCUCAGACAGUCACUUAUGCCACUGGUUACUCUUAUCUCAAUUUCCUCUCUGUUUGAAGCAAUAUUCACCGGCCACUCUCACUCCCACUGGUUACGCCUUUCACGGUCAUUUCGUGUAACCUGUUUAUUAACAGGUUCGUGUUCGUGUUUGGAAAAUUAGACACGAUAAGAUUUCGUGUCGUGUUCGUGUUUACAGGUUUCGUGUUCGUGUCUUAUCGGGUUCGUGUCUUAACAGAUCGGGUUGACCCGAUAUGCCAGCCCUACUAUCCGGUGACUUGAACUCGAGAUCAACUGUUUUCUUGGUGUAGUGUAUUUUGUUGGGCUACUUGUAUGAUAUGUCAUUUUUAUGAUGGCAGCCAUCAGCACACGCCAUUGUAUUGCGCAUUUUAUGGAACCGGACUCAACCAAAUCCAACAUCUUAGAUGCUACUAGAAAUACUGUCUACACCCCCACCCAAAGAUAUAACCAUUUUUGUUCACUAUCCAUGAACGGUUGCCAAUCUCGAGACUCUAGAACUCCUGUGGGGAUGACCGAAACUCGGACUUUUCCGUUCGUUUCAACCCCUGCAAUGGCAAUGGAAAGAUUAAGUUCUGCAAUUACCGAGUUGGGCUUUGACCCGCCGCUGUUAGGGUCUGGAAUCAUAAGGCUUGAGGUUCCAAUUGAACAGCAAAUUGAAGCAAUCGACUGGCUGCAUGGUCAGCAACAUUUUCAGCAUCUUCCUCGGUGUUUUUUCUCCGGAAGAAGCCAAAGAAAAAUCAACGGAUUUCCUUCUAAUUCCGGUUCUUCGUUGAUUACACGAAACUCCUCACCGGUCAGCACUGCUGGUCUGGGUUCUGCUGUCUUCUUUCGCCAUGUCAGCCCCUUUUCACUCCACGAUUGGCGGUCUAUCAAGAGGUUCCUGUCUAAGAAGUGCCCGUUGAUCCGUGCUUACGGGGCUAUCCGUUUUGAUGCAUUGGCUAAUAUAUCAUCUGAAUGGGAAGCUUUCGGGUCAUUCUUCUUCAUGAUUCCACAGGUUGAGUUUAAUGAGUUUGAAGGAAGUUCAAUGCUAGUUACUACCAUCGCAUGGGAUGACUCCCUUUCGUGGACAUUUGGGAAGGCGGUACAUGCACUUCAGGCAACCAUGAGUCAGGUUUCGUCCAGUAUCGUGAAGUUACGAAAAGAGGUUCCGAAUACAUCCAUUCUCAGCAGCAAUAAUGUUCCCAGUAAGAAACUGUGGGAUGUUGGUGUUGACAGAGCGUUGCAAAUGAUAAACAAAAACAACUCACCCCUUAUCAAGGUUGUGCUUGCACGUAGCAGCGUAAUUAGGACCGCCCCUGAUAUUGAUCCUUUGACAUGGUUGGCAACUUUACAGGUUGAGAGUGAAAAUGCUUAUCAGUUCUGUCUUCAGCCUCCUGAUGCACCUUCCUUUAUAGGGAACACUCCAGAGCAGUUAUUUCAUCGAAACAGAUUCGAUAUUUAUAGCGAGGCAAUGGCUGGAACCCGGGCCAGAGGUGACUCAAAAGCCCUUGAUCUGCAGAUAGCCCUAGAUUUACUUUACAGCUCUAAGGAUGACAAGGAGUUCUCUAUUGUACGGGAGUGCAUAAAAAGAAACUUAGAGGCUGUCUGCACAACAAUAUUGGUUGAACCAGAGAAAACAAUUCGAAAGCUCUCAAGAGUACAACACCUUUAUGCUCGAAUAAGAGGCAGACUAAGAAGUGAAGAUGAUGAGUUUGAUAUUUUGUCUUCGCUUCAUCCAACACCAGCUGUGUGUGGAUUCCCUACUGAAGAAGCACGAGUACUGAUAGCAGAAACUGAAAACUUUGACCGAGGAAUGUAUGCUGGCCCCGUUGGGUGGUUCGGAGGAGGAGAGAGUGAGUUUGCGGUUGGUAUAAGGUCAGCCUUGGUUCAAAAGGGGCUUGGGGCGUUAAUAUACGCGGGAACUGGGAUAGUGGAAGGAAGUUGUUCAUCACAGGAGUGGGAUGAGCUGGAACUCAAGACAUCUCAGUUCACAAAGCUGAUGAACUGGAGUGCUCUCUCUUGAUGCUAAGAAGACCAUUUUAUCUGAAAAGUAAAAACCGAACACUGUAAAGAACAAACCACUUCAUUCAUUCAGUUAAGGAGGAGAUACAGCUGCAUAUACCAGUAGCCGAAUAUCGAAUGUCAUCCGGCCUCCACAUAGGAAUAUUAUCUCAAUGCACCUUGUUGAAGGCUCAUAGAAUUGUUUUGAGAUAGAUCACUUUGUUUUUUGCUUUCUUUUCUAUUGAUCAUUAUUUGGGUUUCAAAACCGGCUUCAAAUAUUGCAUCACUACUUGUAUAUGUAGCUAUAUCUUGAUAAUUAAAACAUGUCUAUAAUCCAACAUUUUCAUC